GAUGGCUUAAAUUACGAAAAGCAUCUCCUUUGUUUUUUCCCCAAAUCUCUCCUUUUGAUCUAGAACCCUAGAAAUUGGCCCCAAUUCGCCCAAAUCUGCACAGGAAAUACUUAGAUCUAGCCUCCGUUGUUGGUCUGUUCUGCUUGGUUCGGGGUUUCGGCCAUCGAUCGGCCGGGAUCUACUGUUUCCCGGCGUUUACCGCUGAUCAGCUACGAUUUCUUUAUGCUCCUGUUCGUUGACGCUGCGGCAGAUUUGAUCUGGAACUGGAGAUGUUGAAGGGCGAGGACGAUGGUGUCGAGAUCCGGGAGGUGUGGGCUGAGAACCUCGAUUCGGAGUUCGCCGUGAUCCGCGACAUCGUUGAUGAAUUCCCCUUCGUAGCCAUGGACACCGAGUUCCCCGGCGUCGUCAUCCGUCACCUUGGAGACUUCAAGCAGCCGGCCGAUGCACACUACCACACCCUCCGCGCCAACGUUGACUUGCUUCACCUCCUGCAGCUCGGCCUCACUUUCUCCGACGAUGCAGGGAAUCUCCCUACCUCCCCGUCCUCCGGCCGCCCCAUCGUGUGGCAGUUCAACUUCUGCGAGUUCGACGUCGACCGGGACGUCUUCGUCCCCGACUCGAUCGAGCUCCUGAAGAAUUCGGGCCUCGACUUCAAGAAGAACCGCGAGCACGGCGUCGACGCCAGACGGUUCGCCGAGCUCUUCAUGUCCUCCGGCGUCGUGCUCAACGACUCCAUCCACUGGGUCGCCUUCCACGGCGCCUACGACUUCGGGUACCUUCUAAAAAUCAUAACUUGCAGGAAGCUGCCGGAGAGCCGAACCGAGUUCAUGGAACUUCUCCGUGUGUUCUUCCCGGUGAUGUACGACAUCAAGCGCGUGAUCCAUCUCAACAACAACCUUUACGGUGGCCUGAACAAGGUCGCCGAGAAGCUGGAGGUGGAGAGAGUCGGGACAUGCCACCAGGCAGGAUCCGAUAGCUUGCUCACGGCCAGGGCCUUCAUGAAGAUGCGAGGACACCGCUUUGUAGGAUCCAUGGAGAAAUAUGUAGGCUUGUUGUUUGGUUUAGACGUUGAGAGUGCUCAUAACAACCAUAAUUAGGCUUAAGUCGAAAUCAAAUGUAGCAAUAAAUCAUGGAUUCGAGAGAGAAAAAAAAAGAAGAAAGACUUGAUCCAUUGAUACUUGUGAAUCUGUUUGUUUCUAGUAUCUCAUGUUGUACUUACUCAUUACAGUUUUUAAUGAAGAAAGGUGUCUCCUUUAGUAUGCUA